CUUGUUGGCCAUUUGUAUAUCGUCUUUGGUGAAAUGUCUAUGCAAGACCUUAACCCAUUUUUUGAUUGGGUUGUUUGUCUUUUUGUUAUAUUGUAGGAAUUCUUUAAAUAAUCUGAAUGUUAAACCCUCCUCAGAUAUAUGGUUUCCAGAUCUGUAGGUUUUCUCUUCGUAUGUAUAGACAUUGUUGGAAAAUACUUCAUAUGUAUGGACAUAGUAUAGGCUUCUUUAUUCAUAAAGAUGAACCAAUUCUAUAAAUUACUUUUUUCACUUACUUACAUUCAGAGUAUUUUUUCCUGAAGUUCGUAUAGAUUUACUUGAACUAACUAGUGAAAGAUUUAUGUGUUUGCCAAGCUAAUGAACAGGGCAUAGAGUGUAAAAAUGAAAAACUGUAUGGGUUUGCUUUGAAAUGUUUCCUGUCCUGAACAUCCAGACCUUCAGGACAGCUAAAUUUAAAUUUUAGUCAAACUUUUCUUUCUUGCAUCCUAAUAAAGUGAAAAGGGGAAGCUUUUGUUUUUGUUUUGCAUUGAUAUGUGAUUAGAUAUACUUAGUCAUGAAUGUGAUUUUAACUAACCAUGCAAAUAUUUUAAGUGUUUCAUUUAUUUAUUUUUUCCUAUUAGAGUAAGUGAAAUGUUUCUUAAGGGGAAUAUAAAUUUUCUAACUUUAACUGGCAGGUAGAAUACAGUAAUAGUAAUAAGAAUAAAAAUUCAUGAAUAAUAGCAUCUUCCAUUUUUCUAGUGCUUACCAUGUACUAGGCACAGUACUUGGUGUGUUACAUGUUUUGUAUCAUUUAAUCCUUAGAGCAACCUGAUGAUAACAUAGCUACUAUUAUUAUCCUUAUUUUACAGAUAAGGAAACUGGGAUUCAGAGAGGUUAAAUAAUUUGUUCAAGGAAGCACACUAAGUGGCAGAUUUGGGACUUAAACAACCAUGUCUUCUGACUCCUCAAACAUUCAUUUAUCCUGUCAUUCACUGGUGUAAGAAAUUUCAUAUCCAGUUCGUUAAAGGAGAGGACAUUUCUUGAGUUUUGCUGUAGUGGUUAUCUAAGCUGUUCCCUAAGUCAUUGGGUAACUUUGGGAGUGUGGAGGAGGGUGGGUUAGACCACAUCAGCUCCCUAAGAUCCUCACUUCAUAAAUUAUUUAAUUCCAUUUCAGUAUAGACUACAUAAACCAAACCAAAACCAAACCUGUUGGUGUCAAGUCGAUUCCAACUCCUAGCGACCCUGUAGAGGUAAUGAAUAGUGUAUAAUUUCUUCCUUCCAUUUUCUUAUUAUACCUCUGAAGACUCAUAAGCCAUGAUUAUUACCCUAUUUGGUGCAAUCUGGAGAGAACACUGAACUGAAUGAUGUAAGUGUGGUUGGUAACUAGUCUUUGGAUUCAAAAUUUUACAGUUUAGAUAACAUAAGUGUGGGGAAUAUUAGAAAGAAGAAAAGCAUUUUUUAAAGCAAGAAUUUGCUCUUCCUUUGUAUUUCAUAGAAACGUUUGUUACAAACUGCCAAAUAUUUUGCCAACAUACCAAAAACUAUACGAUUUCUAAGUCACUGUUGUGUACAUGUAAAAUUGAUGAAAUAUUACAUGUUUUGUGGUAUGUCUGUCACUAUAAUAAUAAAUUUUAAAAACCCUUGCGUUUCUAAAGGAAGCUUUGGGUCUAUAGUUCAUUCCAUUAGCAUUGCAAAGGAAUUUGGGUUCUGAAAAUAUGCAACCAUCCGUAACAAAAUAAAAAGACUUGCCACCUUAUGACACUUAUUUGGUGAAAGAAGUCGGCUGCUUUGAGGUAUUUACAGAACUUAACCAGAGUAAAAGUUACUUAGUUCAAUUCCUUUGGGUAAGAUGACUUAACAUUUUAUAAUGCCUCUUAAUUUCUUAUUUGAACUUAUUAUUGGAAUUUGGGUUACAAUGAAGAAUCCAUCACAUUGGCAAGGUGAUAUUGUAGGACUGCAUUUUACUUCCAGAGUGAGCUAGCGUUGCUUAUUUCUGUUUGUUAACUAGGCCUUUUGAUAUUUUCAUAGACAAUCUGCUUCAUCUUGAUUCUGCAGCAUUCCAAACUGUGGUAUCCUUGGGGUUCUCUUAACAUUGCUAUGGUGCAGAAGAUUUAAAAUCAGGUAUGGCUGUGGGGCCAGAAGUCCCUCAGUGAAAUUCUGAACUUAAAUCUGCCUUAUAUUCUCUGAUUUAUUAUUUGGGUUUCUUUUUUUGUGGUGGCCUUUUAGCUGAUGUUCACAAGGAAUAGAGUCACGUGAUGUAUGAAGGGAAACAUAUACACUUCUCUGAAGUUGACAAUAAGCCCUUGUGCUCAUAUAGCCCCAAACUGUGCAAGCAGCGGCGACUCAACGGCUACGCUUUCUGUAUCAGACACGUUCUGGAGGACAAGACUGCCCCCUUCAAGCAAUGUGAAUAUGUGGCCAAGUAUAAUAGCCAACGCUGCACCAACCCCAUCCCCAAAUCAGAGGAUCGUAGGUACUGCAACAGCCACUUGCAGGUACUUGGCUUUAUCCCGAAAAAAGAGAGGAAGAAAAAGAAUGAUCCUAUAGAUGAGGUAAAGGUCAGGCACCAGAUGGAUACCAUGGCCUUUAGCCUGACGGUGCCCACGUUGGCCUUGAAGAUGCCCAAUGGACUGGAUGGAAUGUCCCUCUCUCCACCAGGGGCAAGGGUCCCUCUCCACUACCUGGAAACUGAGUUGGAAGACCCAUUUGCUUUCAACGAGGAAGAUGAUGACCUGAAGAAAGGGGCAACUGUGAGAAAGAAGUUGCAGAGUAAGUUGGCCCAGAAUCGGCAACGCCAGAGAGAGACAGAGAUUUUAAAAGUUCGACAAGAGCACUUUAGUCCCCCUCCUGCACCUUCACAGCAGCAGCCUCCACAGCAGCACUCCCACCUGCCACCUUUAUCCACUUCUUUAAAACCUCCAGCGCCACCGCAGGGUUUAGUCUGCAAGUCACCUCAACCUCAGAACACCAGCCUACCAGUGCAGGGAGUGGCACCCACCACACACUCUAUAGCACAAGCAAGGCAGUUGUCUCACAAGAGACCUCUGCCCCUCCUGCCAUCUAGUAGGGCUCCUGUCGUGGACCCACCCAGGACUGACCGGGUCCUUAUGAAAGCCACAGCCUUCUCUCCACGCUUCUCUUGUAUAAGUCGACUGCAGAGACUGAUGAAACUGUGCACCCAAAAACAUCAGUUGGAUACUGAUCUGUUUCCCCAUUUCGGGUUGGACUGGUCUGAAGAGAGCGGAGAGGAACUGGAGGACUCAGAGCAGGCCUCACCAUACCAGGUUGCAUGGUCCAUCCGAGAAACCCUCAGAUAUGAAAGACAUGCGUCAGAUGAUGACGAUACAGAGAGUAGGAGCUCCAGGGUGACCCAACUUUGCACUUACUUUCAGCAGAAAUACAAACACCUCUGCCGCCUGGAGCGGGCAGAAUCUCGUCAAAAGAAAUGCCGGCAUACAUUUAGGAAAGCCUUGUUGCAGGCGGCCAGUAGAGAGCCAGAGUGUACUGGGCAGUUAAUACAAGAACUGCGGCGAGCUGCGUGUAGUCGAACCAGCAUAAGCCGGACCAAGUUGAGGGAGGUGGAGCCAGCAACAUGUAGUGGAACAGUGAAGGGUGAACCCUGCAGGAACCAAGCCCUUCCAUUCACCAGACACUGUUUCCAACAUAUCCUCUUGAACCGCUCUCAGCAGCUCUUCUCAAGUUGUACGGCCAAGUUUGCAGAUGGACAGCAGUGCUCUGUGCCAGUUUUUGACAUUACACACCAGACACCUCUGUGUGAAGAACAUGCCAAAAAAAUGGAUAAUUUCUUGAGAGGAGAUAGCUCUCGUAAAGUUCAACACCAGCAGCAGAGGAAACCCAGGAAAAAAACCAAGCCUCCUGCACUUACCAAAAAACACAAGAAGAAAAGAAGGCGUGGACCUCGUAGACCCCAAAAACCCAUUCCCCCUGCAGUGCCCCAAGGGAACCUCAGCAUGCCCACCAGCGUCUCACUGCCAGUGGAGGCCUCCCAGAUCCGGAGCCCAUCCACACCAGAGCUGAGUGCUGAUGAGUUGCCAGAUGACAUUGCCAAUGAGAUCACUGACAUUCCACAUGACUUGGAAUUGAACCAGGAGGACUUUUCAGACGUCCUGCCACGGCUACCUGAUGACUUACAAGAUUUUGAUUUUUUUGAAGGAAAGAAUGGAGACCUCCUCCCAACUACCGAAGAGGCCGAGGAACUUGAACGGGCCUUGCAGGCAGUAACUUCUCUCGAGUGCCUGAGUACCAUUGGGGUACUUACCCAGUCAGAUGGUGUGCCAGUCCAGGAGUUGUCAGAUAGAGGAAUAGGGGUGUUCUCCACAGGUACUGGAGCUUCAGGAAUUCAGUCCUUGAGCCGAGAAGUAAACACAGACCUAGGGGAGCUAUUGAAUGGGCAUAUAGUACAUGAUAAUUUUUCUAGUCUAGAGCUAGAUGAGAACCUGCUCCGUUCUGCUACCUUGUCUAACCCACCUACACCCCUGGCAGGGCAGAUCCAGGGGCAGUUCUCUGCCCCAGCCAACGUUGGCCUUACUUCUGCCACUCUGAUCAGCCAGAGUGCACUUGGGGAGAGAGCCUUCCCAGGACAGUUUCAUGGACUUCAUGAUGGCAGCCAUGCCUCCCAGAGGCCACAUCCUGCCCAGCUGCUGAGCAAGGCAGAUGACCUAAUCACCUCACGACAGCAAUACAGCAGUGAUCAUUCACACUCCUCUCCCCAUGGAAGCCAUUAUGAUAGUGAGCAUGUGCCGUCUCCCUACAGUGACCAUAUCACCUCUCCCCACACAACAUCUUACUCUGGUGAUAAUAUGGCAGCUACCUUCUCAGCAGAGAUGCCCAUCAUGGCACAGCACUUGCUCCCAACCCAACUUGAGGUGCCACUUGGAGGAGUGGUAAACCCCAGAACUCACUGGGGUAAUCUCCCUGUCAACCUUGGAGAUCCCUCGCCAUUUAGCAACCUUCUCGGCGCAGAUGGACAUCUUCUUUCCACUUCCCUAUCCACGCCACCCACCACCUCGAACUCAGAGACCACACAGCCUGCCUUCGCCACCGUGACCCCCAGCAGUUCCAGUGUGCUUCCGGGGUUACCGCAGACCAGCUUCAGUGGCAUGGGGCCUUCUGCUGAACUAAUGGCCUCCACCUCUCCCAAGCAGCAACUCCCUCAGUUCAGCGCAGCCUUUGGCCACCAGCUGAGUUCUCACAGUGGCAUUCCUAAGGACCUGCAGCCCAGCCACAGCUCUAUAGCCCCUCCUACAGGCUUCACAGUAACAGGUGCCACAGCUACAAGUACCAAUAAUGUAUCUUCUCCCUUUACCUCCCCUAACUGAGCAUGUCUGUGUGUUUGCAGGCAGGUGGGGAACCCCGUGUUUUCUAUCUUUAUUUCCUCUUUAACACCCCUCUCCCUUUUCCUAAAGAAGAUUUUAAAAUAACAGAUGGGGACUAGAGGGCAACCCGCUUUCCCAGUUAAACAAGUUGCCCUGCAGUGGACCUUGCUUCAGUGUUCACAUGUGCUCCUUUGCACUGGUGCUCAUUCCCUCCUGGAAGGUUCCCUCGACCCCCGUGGUUUCCUUAGUGGUUCAGCACAGUGACUGGAUAGAAUCGAGUUUUAGCAGUGAGUCCUAGAAGUGGAAGAUACCUCACAUUACCAGUGCCCUUUACUAUUUCCUAGUAUUCAAAUCAAUGCUUUCCAUUCUAUUGCCAGAUUUUUAAAUAAGUGAUUUUAGAUAGAAUGAUUCUAUUAAUUGCGUUCCUGUGUAAGAGAUAGCAAAUGGUGUAUAGAGGCAGGUGAAGGCUCUGACUUAGCAGCAACCGCUGAACACCACAUUGAGACCAGAAUUCCAUUCCUAAUUGUGAUCAUGUUUAACUAAAGAGAAAAAAAAUUAAUCUUUUGAUCACAUGUGUCUAAGUGUGUGCCUGCACGUGUGUUUUUGUGCAGGGCAGGAAGAGCUGUCCCAUUGUUGUUAUUUUUUUUCCUAAUGAGUGUAAGGCUCUUAUUUUUCUCCUUUCCCACUCCUGACAGCCUUAAGAAGGUUGGUCAUCCUUUCCCAUUGAGUUAACUAAAGUUUCCUGAAUAGAGAGGGUGGUGAUCUGGUUGUGUGAAUAGCACGACCCUUUUCUACUAAAGGUUAGCCCAAGGAGAAAUGGAACACAAAAAGCCGAAUUUGUGUCAGUGACGUGGGGAUGUCAGGAAAAGCUUGUCUACAGUGACUGCAAGGGUGCUGAGGUUCUGAGGCCCGUGGUCAUGCCGCCUUUUCCGACCUGCAUUUCUUUCUAAGUCUGUCUCAUGGAUACAUUUGCAAGAUAUAAUUAAAGAAAACAUUUUGCUGUGAAAAGCAAAAUAGGUCAGAUAGGUCUGGAAAGAGGGAUCUGUGAACUCCUUGAUCCAUCUUUUGCUUUUGAAUUUUUCAUGUUUACAGUGGUGAUUCUUUGUUGAGAUUUAUAAAAUGCUGAAGACACUUGUAGAACCAGUGUAUCAGUUGUGAAACGAUGUAUAAUGUCUGAAGGAUACACAUUUUAAAGUUUCUUUCAAAGCAGAAUAUGGAAAUUAGACAUAAAUUUUACCUAUCCUUUGGUACUUUUACAAUAAUUUAAUUAUUUAGGUUUAAGUAAAUUUGGAAAUAGUUUGGGGGAAUUUUUAAAAAGUACCAGGAUUUUAGGAUUAAAAAUUGUAUUGGGUAGUUCAGUAAGUUGAUGACUUUGAAAUGAAUAUGUGAGGUUUCUUCUUGCCUGCUUUUUUUUUUUUCCCCCAGAGAAGGGUGGAACUAGAUUUUUAAGAUACCUGUCCUCUGCUUUUGCUGAGAAGUUUCACUGUCCCCUAGAUACCAUUGGCUAUUUAUACCCAAGUCUAGUCUAACUUCCAUAUAUAUAUAUUUUAAAAGAUGAGUAGAAGAGAACAUAUCUUAAUGAUGUGAUACAAUAAUUUGUUUGUCAGGGAAUGUUUAAGCUUGAUUCUGUUCUUCUAAUAGGUAAAGAUUUGGAUGUAUUUUCUUACUUCCUAUAUGUGUUCUCUUUAUGCCAUGGUAGUUCUAAUCAACCCCUUCUUUUGGAAGCUUUUCUUUCUUUGCUUUGUAAAGGAAUGAUGGUGAUCAGCAGGCAUGAUGCGGAUAACCACGUGCCUGGGAUUAUGGAGGGGAAAUGUCACAUGACUGUAUGAAAUCAUUAUAUGCCCUAUUUUGUAUUUAUUGAAGCUUCUUUUUGUGGGCCAAAAAUAUGUUUGUAAUAUAUUGAGUUUUUUUUUUUUUAAUCAUGAAAAUUGAUUGGAAGAUUUAUUUUUAAUAACUUUGCCUUUUUUGCAGAUUGAGAAAUUUCUAAAUUAUAAAUUAUGUCACAAAGCAAAAUUAUAUUUGGUAUCACCAUAAAUUUCUAUUCUGAAUGGUGAGAACAGAUCAUUUGACUAAUCCUCACCUGUGAACCUUGUUAGUAAGCUUUUUUAUUUUAAUGUACUAUAAUGGAAUGAUUAUGAGUAAUUUCCUCUGUUCAAAAGUGUCAUUUAGUUUGCAAAAACAAUUUGCUGUCCCGUUACAAACACUAGAUAACUGUCCAUACCCAGUGAUUCGGUUUAGUCUCCAUGUGUACUAACUAAAGGUUGUAGCAGAGCAGCACAUUAACUUCCCUAUCGUCCCUUCUCUAACAGUGAAGGGAAAUUCAGGGGUAGUAGAUUUGAACUUUUCUGACUAUUUGUCCCUCACGUUAGCUGCUUAAAAUUCUUCAGUUAUCAAAACUGAGUUUGCAGUAAGUUGCACGUUUUAUUGUUUGCAGUUUUCUGUUUUAUAUGCAUUUAAAAGCCCUUCUCUGCUUUCUAGUAAGGAGGCAUGAAAUGAUGAUCAGGAAUGUUGCCAGUUAUAGCUUCACACCAAAAACUUUGAGUAAAUUCAUUUUUGUUUAGAUGCCCAGGAUGAUAGCUGAGGAAAGGGCAUCCUCAGAUGGUACCUGUGUAGGUUUGAGGAAUUACAAAAACAAGUUUUCCCUCUCAUAUCAUCUUCUUCAAAACAAGUGUAUCCAAGCUUGCAAUUUGCUUUGCUCUUGCCAUUUGUCGUGAGCCCCAUUUUGGAAGAGAAGAACAUCUGUAAGCCCAGAGAGAUACAUCAUGUUUUUCUUCUAGCUAAUGGAGCAAUUCUAGUCUAUUAGUAGUAGGUUUACUAUUAAUAUGUAAAGGGAGGAAUGAAGUGUCUUUUACUCCAAAAAUAUGAAAAUGAGCAUCUUUUAAAAUAGCAUUUGUGCUAUCAUAAGGCAAUACUGGAAUCAAAAAUAAAUCUUUUAUAAGGUCCUAAUUAGGUGGAAACUAGACUUUAUUCUAAUGUUAAAUGCAUGAGAAGCAGUGGCAAAGAAGGUUCACUCUUUCUGCAGUUCUUUGGGACCAUUUAUAAAGGCCAGUUAGAUUCUGUUAAUGUGAUAAAGAGUGGCAGUUAAUGGAUACAUUCUAUGCUCUGAGAAUCAGAAUUCCAUUCUUAUGUAUUCUAUUCACUGGCUGUGAUCUAUAGCAUCUGAAGAAGAGACGUGUUUUCUUUCCUUUACUCUCUCUACAUAAUUAUUAAUAUUAUUUUAAUUAAAGUACUUAGUUUUUUUCCUGUAAAAAUGGCUUAGCAAUUUGCACAUCUGGGUAGGUUAUGUAGCUAGUAAACAAUCCACAAUAGUAAAUAGCAAUUACGUUUAACCCACCAAGUGACAGAUUUUCUAAUUAUCGUUGUGUACUUUAUAUGGCGAAAGAUUAUUUUCUCUAGUAACCUACCAUGCGUGAUAUAACUGUUUUAUAAAUGACUUCCUGAGCAAUUUCAUGUUGGCAAGCAGUGUGGCAUGUCUAGUGUCCUUCCAUGAGAAGAUUAUAAUUUAAUGAGAAACAAAUAGUGGGUAUGGAGAUUGAGUUGGAAAAAAAAUUUUUUUUUCUUUUCCUUAAAAUUGGUAUUACUAUCCUUAGUGGCUUAAGGCUAAAGAAAUCUAAUACUUUAUCUUUGCCAAAUAAUUAUUUAUAAGACUUAUUUCUUAAAUAGCCAAUUAUUUAAAAGCCCAUUCUCUCAAUGUUGAGAAACGUCAUUUUCUGUGACUAACACUAAAGCUUUUCCUUAUCAGAGCUCAUAUGCAGUCCAUGAUCACAACCCAAAAAGGCGAAGACAGCUGUUUGAUUAGAUAGGAAAUUAUGUCCUUGAUACAUAGAGGUACCCCAGCUCUAUAAUUUUCUUCUUAUAUGAAAAAUUCAUAUUCCUAUUGACUGGCACCACUCAGUUUUUAUAAAUUGGCACUAGAGUUUGAGCCCAUGUAGGUAAAUUCUAUGCAGUGAGUUCAUUGGUAUCUGCCUGAAAUCCUUCCUGCGCCCUUAAGCAUGAUGUGAGGUGGUGGUGAUGGUAGAUAGACGGAUCAGGAGAGUGAGGCCUUUUCUUCAAGUUAGCUUAAAAGGUUGUUGUGAAUUGAUAUUUCAAAAAGGUGGGGAUAUUAAUAACACUAAUUAUUCAAUAGGUUUGAAAUUCAUUUAAAAAUUUAGGUGCCUUUUCAAUUCAUUUUUUUUCUUUUUAGCCUUCUUUUAAAAUUCUCCUAAAAAUUCUUAAUCUGGUAUAUAGAAUAAUCUAAUAUUGUAUUCUCAUAAAUGGUCAACAGAACUCUGAAGUUUAAUGAGGCAAUUUGAAGGAUUCCUUGAAAGAAAAUGUAGUCAUACUGAACAGUCUUCAUUUGUGUCUGUUCCAUCACCAACAUCUGCAUUGCUCCAAGGAUUUUUUCCUAACAAGAAAUAUAUUUCUUAGAGGAAUAUAUAUAUAUAUAUAUACACAUACACACACAUACAUACAUACAUAUAUAUAUAUGUAUGAAAGAACAUAGACUUUUUCUGUCAAUAAAUUUGAAAUAAUUGAACCUUCCUUGGCAUUCUAUAGAAAAGUAAAAUAAAGAUUUCUUAAUAUCUUGAACUUUAUAAGCCUUCCUGGAUAUCGUAUCUUCGAGAAAACCAAAACCCAUGUUUGGUAGAUUAAAGAAACAUUCUAAAAAAUUUGUAAUGAAACACCAGUGAAGAGCAAAUUUGGUUAUCUGUUAAGCAUUUUCCCCUGACCAGUGAGUUAGGAAAGAAAACAUAAAACAUAUAUGAAUAGUUAUGUCUUCUUAGUAACCAGUACUAAACUUGUGGGUCAACUUAGGGAGCCUUAUUUCUAAGUAGCAAAAAUAUUUUUUCACUCCAGUUCUUAUGUUUUCUUAGCUUUCUUCUCUCUGCACUGUGAUACAGCACUAACAAAGGAAAUGUGGCAUUUCAGAGAGAUAGAACAGAUUGAGGGUGACUUUCUUUACUCUGGUGGUGCAGUGGUUAAGGAGCGCAGCUGCUAACCAGAAAGUUAGCAGUUCAAAUCCACCAGCCACUCCUUGGAACCCCUAUGGGGCAGUUCUACUCUGUCCUAUAGGGUUGCUAAUUAGUUGAAAUCUACUCGACAGCAAUGGGUUUGGUUUUUGUUUGUCUGUUUUACGCUAGGUUCCCUAAUAUUGGGAAUGUUGGCUAGUUGGAAUGGCAGAGUCUUUGGUGAUUUAACGUUUACUCUGAAUAACAAUCUUACAAGAGAAAAACCUCUCUCUUAGUAAGCUACAUAGGGCAGCACAGCUUUCCUUCUUCACUUCUGCCCACUUGCCUCUACCCACCCCAAUACUAAAGUAUGCACGUGAAUACACAUGAUCUAUACUGAUCCUGGCCUAAGAGUAAUAGAGUCCUCUUAUUUCACUUGUUUUUGUUUGUUUUUUUAAGCUGGGGACCACUGAAGUAAGCUCUAUAUGCACCCAAAGUUCCCCUUGGAAAAUUUUUCAGCAUGCAGUACAGAAGGCUCCAAUGCAGCUAAAUGCCACACUAUUGCUUUUACUUGGGGAAUAAACUGAUUUGCCCUGAAAUGACUCCAAUCUGCAUCAUUAAGGUACAGUUGGCUCCAAUGGAUAGUGCUGAAAUGGUGGCAAGUUUGAUACUUGUUGACAUUGGCUUCAUCUGUUUGGAAGGGUUGAAUCAGUUCCUCUCAACAGUGAUAAUUCUUUUCACUGUAUAGUGUUGAGUAUGUCUCAGGGAUUCCUUGUGGAAGUUAGGGCAGUUUUUGUUUUUUUGCUUUUUUUUUUAAAAUAAAAUAAUUUUCAAAGAAACUAAAGGUGACUCAUCAUUGAAGAGAGAGCAAGAAAGAGAAAACAUUUGGUUUCAUAGUCCACAGUGUCUUGCAUAGGACUUUUUUCCUUUCUCCUUCAGGCUCUCAUCUCAGCUUCAGCAUACAAAAUCCUUUCCCAUCACGCACAGCUUUAAAACUUUUAUUUAAAAAUUUACUUCCCCAAUGAGCUUUCAGAAUACUUAUUGUAGAUUUUAAGAGAAAAGGUAUAUUAAUUUAUGCUAUUAACAUCACCUCAUAAAUUAUAAGUUUUAUACUAAAGCUGUAUUGAGUGUAAUGAAUUAUGUUGCCUAUGUGUUUAAUAGCUAAAAAGUUAUAUAUGAGCUUUUUUUUUUUUUUUUUUUUAACAAAGCAAACUAGUGAAGCACCUUUUUACACUGGAUCUCUGCCGUGUCAAGGUGUAUAGCUGUCCUUUGCUACCUUGCAGAUUAGAAAAUAAAAGGAUAUCCUGAGGCCUCAAAAUGUAGAACACCUUUAGACCAUUUAUUACUGCUCAUAGAACUGUUGAGAAUCAUCUUCUUUAGUAAAUGAUCUGUGGUUUACACUUAAGAUGGCUAGAAGCUUAGUUACAGGGUAAAUAGAAAUACGUAGAUCAAGUAAAACUCCAACUACUGUAGCUGGAAUUUGUAAACUAAGUUUUUAAGACCUCUUUUAUUUCCUAUGGAUUUAUUCUUUAAUUUACAGUUCACCUGUAAGUUGGGAAGUAAAAUAGAGAGAAAAUAUUAAAUCUAGAUGUUCUCAGUGUGUUAUUCAGGAACUUUUUAUCCCUCCUCACUAAGGAAUUCCCACUGUGACUUAAAAAUAAAAUUAAAUUACUUAUGUGCAUGUAUAUGUCUGUGUUUUUACACACAUGCAAAAAUAUACAUUGGAGGCAUAUGUGUGAGAGAUAUGAAUGUGUGUUUAGGUAAAAAAUAGGGAAAGGUAACAGAAUGUAUUGUAGAAAUACAAUUUAUUUAGUUGAGAGUAUUGGAGUUACUUUCUCAUUGUCUCUGUAGUAUAAAUACACCAAAUUCUUCAUUACGUUAUGUUAAAAGGCUAGUUCUGAUAUCAUGUAUAUUUUAUUUUAACCUUUUGAUUAACUUAUAUUAUGUUGUGUUUUUAAAAUGACACAAGAAACAGCAAGUUCUAAGACCAGCCUCUCGCUUUUGAUCAUGAAAAUAGAGACAGACAGACCAGCCCAGACAUUAACUGUGUUUAUUUCUUGGGGUGGUGGGACCAGAGAUCUGUUGAACCUUUUUUAUGUUAAUAAUAGAUUUCUUCAUACUUUGAGUUAGAAAAUAUUGUUGAUCAUCUUUUCUUUGUGAACUUAAGAAAAAUUAUAGGCUUUUAAUUUUAUAAAGAAUGCCAUUUUUUUGAAGGGGCUACUUUGUUUAAAGAGUUGGUGGGAUCAUUUCACCAUUGCAUAUUUCAAAACUGGGGUGAUUUCAGUUAUUUCCAAAAUUUUUUAAAAAAUUACUCAGUUUUGCUAUUAUUUAUGAGGUUAGAGUGUCUCCCUCCCCCAUAUUUUGGCUAUAGGAAAAAUUAUACUAUCUUUGACUUUUACCUAAUUCAUAUGGAAUUUAAAAAAAUACAUUCCUAUAUUUUGAGGCUUAAGUUGCUAUACGUUCAUUACAGAAGCAUCAGAUGGUCUAAAAUAGUCAAAAGUAGAUUUGUUUUUAAAUGUUCCAAUCAUAUUUAUUUUAAUAUAAAAAAUUCAUGUACUUUGAAAUAUGUCAAAACAGCUUCUUAUAAUACACCUGAAUUUGUAAUUGUCUUUGAAGGCUCGUUUACUUCAUUUUAAAUACAGUCAAGACCUAGGAAAGCUUUAUAUGUUGUUCUUUUUUGCAGUUGUAUUUUUGCAGCAUCUCCCAGUUUCAUUCACUCUUGCUUUGUGGAUUUAAAAAAAAAAAAAUCUGCAUAUUUCUUGUACAUAUGCAUGCAAAUGAAAGAAGGGAGUUUGUAUUGGUGCCAUUUCUCCCUUCAGUUGCUGGUUAAUGGGAUUUGCUAGAAAAAAUUCCCCCUGAUUGAAGGGUGAAAAUAGACCCUUUGUGUAUAUCUGUACAGAGAUAUAUGUAUAUGGGAUGUAGUGGCACUUUGCUGAAUGUGAACUUGCCUUGUCCAUGGAAUGAUUGAAAAGUAUUAUGUUUAUUUAUCCAUUUGUAUAAAUCUAUAUAUACACGUAUGUAUAUGUGUGUGUAUAGAUAAAGCUAUAUACAUAUAUUUCCCUAAAAAAAUGUGUGUGUAUAAUAGGUAAACAGCCUUUAUUAAGCAAGAUUAUAUGUCUAUGGAAAUUCUGGAUUAUGCUGUGAACCAGAGGAGGUGAUGGUCUACAGCACAUCAUUAGAGCAUACUAAAAUGGAAGUCCUUUGGAUUAUAGUCUUGUUUAUGGUUAUUAUAAAUUAAUACCUGUCAGAACUAUUGCCAAUUCCACUAUUCUUCAUCAUCUUCACUACCUUCUACUAGUCAAUCUCUCAUCAUUUUAAAAUCAUACUCAAUUAUGUUCUUUCCCCUUAAUUAUAUACUUUCUAGCUAAAAGCAUUUGGCUUAAGCAUAUUCUUUCAUUAACAUCUCAGUUGUUUAUUUUAAAGGUCUUUAUCUCUGAAAUUCCCCAGAAGAUACAAAUUUUGGUAAUAUUUUCUAUAGUAAUUUUGAGAAUUUAGUAUUAAUUGUCUCAAAAAAAAAAAAAAGCCAGCCUUCAGACAAAACUAAUUUGAAAGUUUUACCUAGAUAAUUUUAGGACAUUAACUUAAAUUGAAAAAGAAUGUAAUUUUGAUUUUUAUGAUUGAUAUUAGUAUUAAGCUCAUUUCCUCACUUACUGUCAUAAUUUGUCAUUUUAAAAUUUUGGUUUAUUUUGUAGUUUAUCAUAAAUUUACCAUUUUCAUUUCAAUGGGAAGCCUGCCAGGUUACAUGUAAGCCUCUUGAAUUCUGUAACUAACUCAUUUUACUCAUGAAACUGCUUUAGUGAAUUCUUGUGUAAUGAAUUCUGCUAUAUUUCCUUUUGACUUUUCUCACAGUUGUGACAUUCUGUUUUAACUUUGCUGCAGCUCUCUAGAAAACUUGCAUCCCUAUAUAUUGUGCCUUUAAAGCUCUUAUGCACACACAGACAAAAGUGUAUAUAUACAUGUUGGAGCAUGUGUACAUAUACUUUCGUAUAUACUCACACAGUAUGUCUCUAGUAUAUAUUGUGGGAGUGAAUAUAUAAAUAUUCAAAGGCAAUGAAAUGUUGCUGUCUAGAUAUAUAUGUAUAUAAGUAGUGUUAAUAUACUGUAUAUACACAUGUAUAUGUAUGAGUUUCAAAUGGCAAUCUUCUACAUUUAGCAAAAUGCUGCCCCUACUGGAAUAUUGUCACUGCAAUGGCAGUUGUAUGUAAUGAUUUAAAAUACAUUAUUGAAAAUUAUUUAAAGAACAUUUGAAAGUCUCAUCUAAAGACAUCCACACAUUAUUUAUUUAUCUUCCUUUUCCUUUUAUUGCUACGUUUUUUAACUGAAAGGGAGACUGUCAUUUAAAAACAAUGCCAUCUGUGCUGUGGCAGUAACAAAGAGCUGGAGAUUCACUAGAGGAACCUUGUGCGUUUUUCCUCUCUGAAAUGAAGAUGUACCACAACGCAGCCUAUUUAUUUCAGUUAUAAAGCUAUCCUGAUAUUUCCAGUAGUUUGUUUAUGCCAUCUAUCAUUUCCUAGAUCAACUUAAUUCACCAGUUUGCCUCUUCCUUUCAUUAAUAAAUAAUGAUCAUUGAGAUCAUUUUGCCAGAAGGAAGUUAACUACUCUAGCUGCAGGGAAAUACAUCACCUAAUUAUCAUUCUGCCUUGUUCAAAAUUCAACUUUGAGAGAAGGCAGAUCUCUCAUGAAGCUGUCUUAAGCAUGUUUUUCAUUUAUUUGCUUAAAGGCCUUCGCCGAACAUGUUUUUUGAAAGAACUCUGAGUCUGCAUGUACAUAAUAUAGAUUUAAUUCUUAUUCCCUACAGCUUCAGGUAUUUUUCAUCAGUUUGACAUACUGAAUGCAAGAACAUUAUGAAAAAAACUAUUAUUAUUUUGUAAUGAGUUGGCAGCAGAUUACAUCUCAAGACCUUACAGAGAGAAGAAGGUAGAUGGACAGUCCUAGAUGGUAAGAUGUUAUAAAAAGCAGUGGAGUAAGCAUACCCCUGAAGACUAUACUAGAGAGUUAGGGUUUGGAUGAUAUUACAGAGUAGCUUAGCCAGAACUUGAUAUCAGAAGCAGCCUUUAACAAAAAUCCUCUUGGCAAUUGUAUGGUAUUAACUAGAGUACUGAAGUGUAAAUUGAAACCAAGUUCCAGUGGGAAAUCAAAGGUGAGGUAGCUUAUUUAAAACCAGUAAAGGACAGACAGGUUGCACAUUUUUACAGUCUCUUCUAACAAAGUAACUGCACGGUAGCAAGGACUAGCAGUUCUCAAACCCCUUCUUUUGUGUCCUCAUUCACCUUGGCACACAAGUAUGUUUAAUAGGCCAUACAUUAAAAAUAUUUACAAAAAAAAAAAAACUGCUUAAAGGGAACUUA